CUACGGAAACACACACUAAAACCCUACAGCCAAAAACCCCUCUUCAUCAAUGGUGAAUCCUUUAACUUGAAAAGGAAAAAGGCAUUGUUUUAUAAAUCAGUAAAAGGCCAUCAAUGGAGAUGGAUUCAUCUGAAGGUAUGUCCAAAAACGCGGAGGAUACGUUACGCAAAGUCACAAGUGGGCCUUUGCCAUCUACGGUUGCAAAACUCUCUGGUUCUUCAAGAGGAAUACCCAGCGAUAGAGACUUCGAUUUCUACAACAAUUUCAGUGAAUUCAGGACACCCAUAUCAGAAAUAGACAAGAAAUCCAAGGAAAUAUUGGAGAAAGUAGGGGCAUUAUCGGAAUUAUGGGGAAAGUCCAUAUCGUAUCCGGAGGAUCCAGAUGAGGAGGAGAGCGGAGAAUGGUUGGUGAACAUAAAUGACGACGUUUUGGAGAAACUGGCGUCGUCAUUGGAUGAGUUUAAGUUGUUGAGAAAGAAAGAAGGGGAGAGUGCAGUGAAGACGGAGGAGGAGGAUUCUGAAAGCGGGGGUUUUCAAUUGGUUUGUCGAAAGAAGAAUAGGAAAGUAGACAAUGCAAGUGUGGACAAGACUGAAGAGAAGGCGGAGGGGGUGAAAGUGGCUACCAAAGGGAAGCCAAAGGUUCCGUUUCAUAUACCCACCAUCCCCAGGCCGCAAGACGUGUAUAAAAUAAUUGUUAACAAUACAAACCAGCCAUUUGAGCAUGUUUGGUUGCAGAGGACUGACGAUGGUUCCAGAUUUGUGCAUCCUCUGGAGAAAUUUGCUCCCUCAGACUUUGUUGAGAGUGCUGGCAUCAUUGAGCCUGUCAAACCUCCUCCAUUAGAGAUUACUCCAUUCAAGCUUGUGGAAGAGGUCAAAGAUCUGAAGCAGGUAGCAACCAAGUUGCGUGCUGUGGAUGAGUUUGCGGUUGAUUUGGAGCAUAAUCAAUAUAGAUCAUUUCAAGGACUGACAUGCUUGAUGCAAAUAUCCACUAGAACUGAAGAUUUCGUUGUUGACACUCUGAAGCUUCGCGUUCACAUUGGCCCACAUCUAAGAGAUAUUUUUAAGGACCACAGGAAGAAAAAGGUGAUGCAUGGUGCUGAUCGAGAUAUUGUGUGGCUUCAACGUGACUUUGGCAUAUAUGUCUGUAAUUUGUUCGACACUGGCCAGGCCUCAAGGGUUUUGAAACUGGAAAGAAACAGUCUGGAGUACCUGCUACAACAUUUUUGUGGAGUUACAGCAAACAAAGAAUAUCAGAAUGCAGAUUGGAGAUUACGCCCACUUCCUGUAGAGAUGAUGAGAUAUGCUAGAGAAGAUACACACUAUCUCUUGUACAUUUAUGAUGUUAUGAGGAUGGAAUUGCUAUCUUCAUCUGCUGACAAUGGAUCUCCUGAUGCUCCUCUAAUAGAGGUGUACAAGCGCAGUUAUGAUAUAUGCAUGCAGCUGUAUGAAAAAGAACUUUUGACUGAUAGCUCAUAUCAGCACAUAUAUGGAUUACAGGGAACUGGCUUCAAUGCGCUGCAGCUUGCAGUUGUUGCUAGAGGGAUAAAAGUUAGACUUUCCCGAGCAGAAGAUGAAAGUACUUUUGGCUAUGAAAUAUAGAAAAAGUUGCCAAACAAAACACUUAUUGAAAUUGCUAAGCAGAUGCCUCUUACCACAAACAAAUUAAAGCGAUUGAUGAAAUCAAAGCAUCCGUAUGUUGAGCAUAAUCUUGGUGCUGUUGUCAGCAUCAUUAGGCACUCUGUUCAAAAUUCCGCUGCAUAUGAAGCAGCUGUGGAACAUCUGAAGGAAAGGCGCUUAGAAUUACCAGCUGAAGAGAACAUUGUGGCUACUGGGAGUGCUGAAAUGUUGGUUGAAAUUUCUGAGCCACUGAAACCAACAACAGGGACAGAAACUUCAAAUGUUUGUAGUUCACCUGAUGCUAGUGUCUUUAAACACAUUCUAGCUUCAAUACAGCAACAAAACGAAUCUCUGAAACCAGAAAGCGCUGUCACCAAAGUUGGUUUUGGUGGACCUGGUGACACCUCUGAACGUUGUAAUGAAUAUGGUGAUUUAAAAGCUACCCCUUCGGGACAGGUGGAAGUAACUAUUCAGGCAAUUAAGAAGCCCAGCCGCGGUCUUGGGAUGUUACUAGGGAGUACAGCAAAGAGGAAGCUGCAUCCUGAUAAAAAAGAGCCGGAAGAGAUCCAAGUGCAGCAGAUCAAUUCUUCAGUGAGCCUUCCAUUCCAUGCAUUUUCAGGUGGGAUUGAGCGGAUACAGCAAGCUGCAACAGACCCUUCUAAACCAUUGGAAAUUAACCAUAGAGGGGAACCUGUUGCUACUAAUUCCAAGUUAGACGUUAUAGCCCUGGAGACUGAUUCAGAUGAUGGGGAAUCAGUAAAAGGUGAGCUAUCAACCAGAGAACAGGAAAACUCCUUUGCCAUGCCGGUAGCUACUUCAAAGUUAGAAGAUGUUAUCUUACUGCACAAUAAUUCAGAUAUUGAGGAACCAGUCAAAGAUGAUUCAGAAGCUACUAACAAUCAGCCUGAGUGUGGGGAAACCAAAAAUGCAGUUUCUGUUGAGGAGAUGGAUGAAGGGGAUGAGAAUAUGGCCUUGUCUAAUCUCUCCUCUGGCUUCAACAAGUGUUUCCAUUCGAUAAAUAAAAAAAGUAAGGCGAAGCUUGCUGAGAAACCACAAGCACAUGAAGGUCAGUUGAAGGUUCAGCCUUUUGACUAUGAAGCAGCAAGGAAGCAAGUGGUAUUUGGAGAAGAUCCAGGUAAACAACAGCCUGAAAGAGAAGGUGAUGAAUCUCGUAGGAGUAGGACUGGUAAGAAGGAUUUAGUCUUAGGUCAGCCACCAAAGAUUGAAGGGACAGCAGAGUUCCAGCAAGGUAGAAGGCGUCAAGCUUUUCCAGUUUCGGGAAUCGAAGCUAUACUUUUCAUUAGAAGUUGAAAAGUUAUAUGAACUCGUAAGGUACGGAAUGAGUUUUGUCUGCAAAGCAAGUAACCUCAUCAUUCAUGCUCUUGGCUCAAGCAAGAGGGGGAAAUCAUAGUUUGAUGUUUAUAUAUGAAAGUAAAAAUUUGAAUCA